AUGGAGUAUGUUACAGGCGUACCGGUUAGCGGAGUCCUGAGGGACAUUCGCAGGCAAAAUGCUGAGCAAAUGGAGCGAGGGGUUAGCCUCGUGGAAGGCUCGGCAUCUGACGACAGCCUGCAGCAGCACCAGGAACAAGAGCACCAGCAAGGGCGUCACAACAAGAUGACAUCCGAGACCCAACAAGGAGGUCAGGAAACGACUGAAAACCCGCUGGCCCAGCCACCGCAAGAGCAGGAGCAUGGCGAGAGGCAGGACGUGGAAGAUGCCCAGGAGACGUGUGAAGAGCAUCCAAAAAACGACCAGCAGAACAACAAGGAAGACGAACAGAAGCGCAUCUUGGAUGGAGAACUUCUACCGCUCAAGAAUCGAGUUGCGGAUGCCAUUUGCUUCUUACUGUCACUUCCUAAGCCGCCAGAUACCCGCCCCGGACCCGCUGGCGGUGGGCGCAUCAAGCAUUGGACUUUUGGAAGGGACGAAUCCGACGCGCCGCAUGAGUUUUCAGACGUAGAGCACCUCGAGACCUACGUCAACGAAAAGAUAUCCGAGACAUUCCCAGAUCUGCCGCACGCCAGAUUCGUGCACGAGGGCUUGAGGCUUUGCUACUGCGACCUCAACUUUGACAACUUCUUGUUGGAGGACGCCGAGGACCCAUCAGGAAGGAUCAUCAUCAUCGACUUUGAGCACGCCAGCUGGCUGCCGUACAGUUUCUUGACCUGGGAGGCGUGGGACAAGCGAGAGUUUGCCAUGGAAGAGCGCAUACGGUCCCGUUGCGGCCUAGAACUUAACAGAGACAAUGUGUAUGCUCUCUACGCGCUUCUUCGCCAGCGAGAAUGGAACUCUGCCAUUAGGAAUUCUCCUAGUCCGUCUGGGGCGGCCAUCUAG